AUGGACCUCAUAUCAAUUCCUUCUCCUCCUCGCAGUCAAAAUCGAAUCAAACUCAGAAAGUCUCGUUUUCAUACUUGUGCACAAAGUGGUUAUGGACUUUUCCAGAGGGAGAGAGAGAGAGGGAGAGAGAAAGAAAGAGAGAGGGUGGAUCGUUCGGGGAAGCUAGAGAAGAAAAAGAAAAAGAAGGGGAGAAAAAUCCUCGAGUUCUCAAGGAAUUAUGCCACUACCACUGGGCAAAAGGAAGAGAAGGUUAAGGUGCCUCUAGCUAUGUUUGGGGGAUCUGGUAACUAUGCAUCUGCAUUAUACAUAGCGGCAGUAAAAGGAAAUGCUCUGGAAAAGGUUGAGUCUGAGCUUCUUGACCUUGUAGAGGCUUCUAAGAAAAGUCCGACCUUUGCUCAGUUCGCAAAGGAUCUCUCAGUCCCAGCAGAUACAAGAGUGAAGGCCCUCCAGGAAAUCUCUGCUGAAGCUAAAUUUUCUGAUCUGACAAAGAAUUUCUUGGCUUUGUUGGCUGAGAAUGGGAGGCUGACACAUUUAGAUAGCAUCACUAAGAGAUUUGUGGAGUUGACCAUGGCUCUUAAGGGAGAAGUGAAAGUAAUAAAACUAGGUGGAGGCGAGAAGCUGAGAACAUUACCUUUCUUUACCUUAUGAGGAUAUAUAGUACUUCUAUCUAACACAAGAGCUAUGUGCCAUGACCCUUCAAGAUCACAUAUCUAAGCCAUCCUGCAAUCCAUUUAAUAUGCUCAUUCAAACAUUUGAUAAUAUUGUUGGUUGGAGUUUUGUUUUCAUGAUGCCCUUGCAGAUAUUUCAUCAACCGAUUGUUCUA